AUGUCAGCACCAAGGUCCAAGCUCCCUCUGCUCCUGUAUGGGGUCUUCCUGUGUGUCUCGCUGGCUCCACCAGCCCUCAGCAGCAGGAGACAAACCGCUCAGAGUGAUGGGCCGCUGAGUUCGAUCAGCGGCUCUUGGGACUGGAGGGAGGUGCCUGCUAGUGAUGGACAUUACCUGCAGGGAAUAAAGAGGGUGAGGAGACUUUACUGUAAUGUGGGCAUCGGCUUCCACAUUCAGGUCUUACCGAGUGGGAAGAUCGCAGGUGUGCACAACGAGAACAGAUACACUCUUCUAGAGAUUUCCCCCACACAGAGAGGAAUAGUUACUCUGUUUGGGCUCAGGAGUGGCCUCUUCAUUGCCAUGAGCAUGAAAGGAAAACUCUAUGGCUCGGGCCACUAUAGCGAAGAAUGUAGGUUUAAGGAGACGCUCUUGGACAACAACUAUAACGCAUACGAAUCCGCUGCCCACCCUGGAAUGUACAUUGGCCUAAGCAAGACUGGCAAAACAAAGAAAGGCAACCGGGUAACACCUACCAUGAUCAUGACACACUUCCUCCCCAGGACAGGAAGAGAAUGAAUUGGAAAGAAUUGGAAAAGAAGCCACAUUAAAACAAAUCAUUAUUAUUCACUUAAAGUAAAGUAGGCUAAUAAUGUCACUGACACACACACUACUGCUCAUUACUGGGCAGUAGUGUGUGUGUCUGUAUUUGUCAUUCAAAUUUGUUGACUGCAGUUUCUGUGCUUCAUGCUUCACUUGAAUGUUUGAUGGAUGUGACACACUUACAAAAGGUAAUUGCUCUAAAUGUCUCCUCAGAAGCAAACCGUACAUACUGAUGGGGGGUUAUAGAAACGCGGCUGCGUCUUUUCACCUCAUUCUGGAUAUUUUUUCUAAUAGUGUUCACCUCAGGCUUGUGGACAAAGGCUGUCACACACAACAACUUAAGCAAUAAGGGAAGGCAGGGUACAAACUGAAAGAUCAGAGCACAAAGUAAAGUGCUGGAAAACCAGGAGGGAACUACUUUGAGUCUGACAUUGAAAUCUGUAAUUCUUUGAAUAAAUCAAGCAUUUACUUAUUCAAUAGAUUUCAAGUGUUUUUACUCCAAUGCCAAAUAAUGAUGUCAGUGAUUUAGCUCCACACAACCGGAACUCUAUUACCGUCUGUGGCAUGGUUUAAAAGGUUUUCUAAUGUGAAGGGAUGAUUCAAAUAACCUACAGGAUUUAUAAG